AUGGACUUCACUAAAGCCGACACCGUUCUGGAUCUCGCCAACAUCCGAGACUCGCUGGUCCGAAUGGAGGACACUAUUGUCUUCAAUCUGAUUGAGCGGGCUCAGUUCUGCCGUUCCGAGUUUGUGUACAAGGCCGGCAACUCGGACAUUCCCGGCUUCAAGGGCUCUUACCUCGACUGGUUUCUGCAGGAGUCGGAAAAGGUGCACGCCAAACUGCGUCGGUACGCUGCCCCGGACGAGCAGGCCUUCUUCCCCGACGAUCUGCCCGAGGCCAUUCUGCCCCCCAUCGAUUAUGCGCCAAUUCUGGCGCCCUACAGCAAGGAGGUGAGCGUCAACGACGAGAUUAAAAAGAUUUACACCGACGACAUUGUGCCCCUGGUGUGUGCUGGCACUGGAGAUCAGCCCGAGAACUAUGGGUCGGUCAUGGUGUGCGACAUCGAGACGCUGCAGGCGCUGUCGCGACGAAUCCACUUUGGCAAGUUUGUGGCCGAGUCCAAGUUUCUGAGUGAAACCGAGCGAUUCACCGAGCUCAUCAAGAACAAGGACAUUGCUGGUAUUGAGGCGGCCAUCACAAACUCCAAGGUGGAAGAGACGAUUCUGGCCCGGCUGGGAGAAAAGGCACUGGCCUACGGCACAGACCCCACUCUCCGGUGGUCGCAGAGAACCCAGGGAAAGGUUGAUUCCGAGGUUGUCAAGCGAAUCUACAAGGAGUGGGUGAUUCCACUCACCAAGAAGGUCGAGGUGGACUACCUGCUCCGGCGGUUGGAGUAG